AUGUGCAUGAGCAGGUCCAACUACCUCAUGAGCAAGGAGAACGACGGCGGGGAGAACACGGCUCCCGGCGGCGCUGGAUCCACCGCUGCGGCCGUCGACGGCGGCAACAGCGGCGAGUUUCAGAAGGUGCUGGAGUCCAACCUUCUCGGCCACCCGCCCGCCGCCGCCUCGGCCCCCGGCCACCGCGUGCUCGCCUUCCGCAACAAGGCUCCCGCGCAGGAGGAGGGCUACCAGAACGGGCUCCGCGUCCUCUACAGCCAGAACAAGGGCUCCUCCCGCUCCUCCUCCUCCGGCUCCGCCCGCCCCACGCGCCACAUCCCCUCCGCCCCCGUCCGCAUCCUCGACGCGCCCGACCUCCUCGACGACUACUACCUGAACCUGCUCUCCUGGGGCUCCAACGACGUCCUCGCGGUGGCCCUGGGCCAGUGCGUCUACCUCUGGAACGCCAAGAGCGGCGACAUCACCGAGCUCUGCAGCCUGGAGGGGGAGCAGGACUACGUCUCCUCGGUGUCGUGGACGGCCAGCGGCACCCACCUCGCGGUGGGCACCGCGGGCGGCGAGACUCAGUUCUGGGACUCGUCCACCGUCACCAUGCUCCGCAGCAUGAACGGCCACAGCGCGCGCGUCGGAGCCCUCGCGUGGAACGAGCACGUCCUCACCUCGGGCUCCCGCGACACCACGGCGGUGCACCACGACCUCCGAAUGCAGCGGCACGCGGUCGGCACGCUACGAGGGCACACACAGGAGGUCUGCGGCCUGAGCUGGUCCCCGGACGGCAGCACCCUCGCCUCCGGCAGCAACGACAACACCUGCUGCCUGUGGGACGCCUCGGUCGGGACGGGCCGCUUCUCCACGGCGGCGCCGCGCUUCACCCUGACGGAGCACCAGGCGGCCGUCAAGGCGCUCGCGUGGUGCCCGUUCGAGCGCAACACUCUGGCCACGGGCGGGGGCACCGCCGACCGCUGCAUCAAGACGUGGAACGCCCAGACCGGCGCGCUGCUCAACUCGGUCGACACCGGCAGCCAGGUGCUCUCCCUUCUCUGGUCCACCACCGAGAAGGAGCUGCUCUCCAGCCACGGCUACGCCGAGAACCAGCUCUGCCUGUGGAAGUACCCGUCCAUGGUCAAGACGAAGGAGCUCUCCGGGCACACCUCCCGCGUGCUCCACAUGGCGGCGUCCCCCGACGGGCGCACCGUGGUGUCCGGCGCCGGCGACGAGACCCUGCGGUUCUGGGACGUGUUCGCGCCCCCGUCCAAGUCGUCCUCCGACGGCGGCGCCGGUGGCCGCGGCGGCGCCGCCGGGAAGAUGCUCUGCGGGGGGCACAUGAGCGUCAGCCGUUUGUGUUACGUGGGUUGUAUUUAG